CGCCAGCUUUGUUGAAUUGUCAUGGAAACGAAAGUAACAUUUUAACAUUGAUUUACCAUCAAACUACAGCUUCCAAAUCAAAUUAAGACAUGGAAAAGGCAGAGGAAACACCAAUUUCCCGCACGGCCUACGAAGUGCAAAGAGAUUUCGGCUUCAGCAGCGGGCUGCGUUCGGAAAUUAUUUGGGAUUCAUUAGCCCCUGAUCAGGGGGAUGUGCUCAAGCAAAAGAUAGAGAACAUCAUUCGCGGCGAUGAUGCCGGGAAUAUCAAAGCGGUGCAAAGAAAGCGGGAUCAACUUUUCCGAAAUAUUUGGCAGCAGCGGCGCUACACCAAUGGCACAUUACUGUCCGCCAUAAUCUACGUGCUGGUCACUCAGGAAGCGGAUCCGGAAUUGGCGUUGCAGUCCACCAAAUACAGCUGCCAUCCUGUUUUUCGGACACGUCGCUGUAUGAAGGGUGAGAAUAGCGCCGCUUGUUGCAUGAUCUUUUUGGACGAAAAUGCCCGUGUGUAUUCCAAUUGGGAGCAAUACGUUUUCCGGAAUACCUUGCCCAAGGGCCUUAUGAUUGCCCCUAGCCAGGGCAUCUACACCUUCCACUCCGAUGGCGAUGAGCCCGGCGUCCAGUUGAUGGUUCAUCCAACGCCAGCAGCGCGUGGCCGGUACCGAUUACUCAAUGCCGGUGACAAAGUGGCCACUGUGGGUGGCCUGGUGGCCAGUGUUCCGGUUGCAGCUGCUCUGGCAGUGCCCCUAGCCGCUCCCCUGGUUAUUGCCGCCACAGCUGUGGGCGUGGCUACCGGUGUCUACAGUACCCUACGCUCGGCCUCCCAUCUCAUCGAUAGGCGAAGGCAUGGUCAGUCCACCUCCAUUACGGAUGGUGAAGCACGCAGCUCCUGGUUGGGAGUGGCGGGUGGCGUGGUUGGUCUGGGCGCUACCGGAGCCACAAAAGCUCUGGCCACAGCUGCAGGUGCUGGCUACAGAGUAAAUCCUGCUGCCCAGUUGGCCGUGAAGGGCAUAAAUGGAGCAUCAGUGGUCAUUUCCGGGACAGGUGUGGUUAAUGGGGUUUACGAUUUGUAUUUGAAAAUUGGCGAUGAUCAGGCCUUAAACAGCUUGGACAUGCUGCAGAUGGCCUCGCACCUGGUGAUUUUUACACACUCCAUCAACAAUAUGCGCAUAGCUUCCAAGGCCACCAAUGGCUCUUGCUUAAGACGAGCACUUCGCAAUCAAUCCAGAAAAGUCUUCGAUCGCAUCUCCCAGGAGUCCGUUAAGCUGCACAGUGAAUCCGGCCAAUUUGAUAUUGUGCGCACCCUCAACGAAAUUCCCUUUAAGGAGGCACUCCUCAGCCUGCACACUAUAAACUCACACCUGAGUCAAGGACUCGCAGUGGCCACCACUUUGCUGCCCCAAAUUGUGAGUCUGGGCAGUGGCGGUCAAAUGCUCGUCAAUCUGGAGAUACUCGCCGAAAAGUUCGGAGGAAAGUUUGUGCAGCACAUCGGAAAUCUUGCCAGUUUUACCGACGUUUUGGAGGCCAUGGCCAGAUAUUUUACCGAUCAGGCAGUGCAGUUGCUUAUGCAAAUGACCCGCAGUUUUGUGGAUCAAAACGUGGAUUCCAUUGAUCGCACAUUGAAUACGUUUGUGUCCACAGAGACGGUUCUCUAUCGCAUUCUGAUGCACUGCGUAACAACUUUCGACAAUUUUGGAGAGGACUUCCUAUUGAGCCGCCGCGAGAAUAUAUUGUUGGUGGUGUCCAAGUACUUUCGGUCGCUGGAGCCGAUUGGAGAGAACUGCCGCAAGUACAAAUGCUCCGUUUGCAAAGGCGUUUACUAUAUAAGUUCAAUAUGAGCCGAUUCUCUGAAUUAAGCUGUCGUUCAAUUUAUAUGCCAUGUUUUUCCGUUUCCGCUAGUCAGUUCUGUUUUCUAGACAAUGGAGAGGCUUUGAAAGUCACACUAGUUUCGUAUUUUCAGUUUUAGUAUUGAUUUUUAUGUUCCUGAUCCCUCGAAAUUCUUUGUUAUUUAGGUUAAAAAGAAACUACAUUGUGAUUCCUAGUUUUUUAUAGAAAAAAGCUUUGUCAGCCAAUGGAAACCAUUGAUUUAAACUAGUAACGAUCUCUCGAGACCUUUUUAAGACUAUUUAUGAAAUCCAUGUCAGAAUGUUUUUUUAGUUUCGUAUUUUUAGUUUUAGUAUUGAUUUAUAUGUUCCUGAUCCCUCGAAAUUCUAUGUUAUUUAGCUUAAAAAGAAACUACAUUGUGAUUCCUAGUUUUUUAUAGAAAAAAGCUUUGUCAGCCAAUGGAAACCAUUGAUUUAAACUAGUAACGAUCUCUCGAUACCUUUUUAAGACUAUUUAUGAAAUCCAUCUCAGAAUGUUUUUUUUAAUUUAAGGGUCCAAUGACAAUGUGUCGUCUAAGGUGAAUGUGCUGUGAGAUCCUCUGGAUAAUUUGAAUAACAAUUAUAUUUAUUUUUACGACUUAUAAAAACUAUAUAAAUUUCAAUUAAGAGAA